UCUGUUGCUCUCUCUCCCUUCCUCUCUCUCUCUCCAUUGGGUCUAUAGCUCUCUCUCUUACACGCUCUGUAUUCAUUCAUUCUAUUGCUCUCUCUCUCUUUUUCCCUCCAUUGCUUCUGUUGCUCUCUCCAUCCAUUGGUUCCAUUGCUCUCUCUAUAUUUCUUCUAUUGCUCUCUCUCUCUCUUUUUCCAUUGCUUCUAUUGCCCUCUCCCUCCAUUGCUUUUAUUUCUCUUUUUCUCUCUCUUUCUUUCUCUCUCUCUCCCUCUCUCUCUAUUUCUUUUUUCUUCUAUUGCUCUCUCCCUACAUUGCUUCUACUGCUCUCUCUCUCUCUCUCUCCCCUCCCCCCUCCCUUCUCGUUCUUUCAUCCGCGUGCUCAGCAGCAGCAGUAGCAGCAGCAGCGCAGUGAGUCGCGCGCUCCACUGCGGCGGGAGAGAGAGGGAGAGACUCCAGCGCGCGCAGGACCCGUGGCUGCUGGUAGUGUCGCGCGGCGUCGUUCGUUCCACUCCUUCGGUGGCGGCGGAGUGAGCGUUUCACAAGGACCACUCUCUCUCGCGUGCUCCGUGUUUUUUAAAAACCGUGUUUUUGUGACCAGGCGCGUGCGUUCCUCAUCUUUGUCUCGCGCGCCUUCCUCCUUCUGCUUCUCCUCCUCCUGCUGCUGCUCCGUGCCCAGCGCGCUCCAGGCUCCGGUUCUUCUGCUCUGACUCUUGACUCUAACGACUCGAAUCGUUACCCGCCCCCCCUCCUGAACGCACACGCGCGCGCGCGCACACACCACCUAACCUCCCCCUCCCCACCCCCCUCCUUUACUUAAGUGCAUGCGACACCGUCCUGCAGAAAGUAUGAUGAAGUUUGUGCGUGUUUGUGCGGCCCGCGGCGCGCGCCGGUACGCAUGAGACCCCUCUCGGAGAGCCCCUCCGUUGAGACAUCUCCAUAGCAACGCAUUUUUGGCGCCCUUUGUAGCAUCGGGAGAAGAUGAGGUCCGCGCGCGACUUUCUGAACUGCACUUAAAAAAAUAACAAAAAAUAUCCAAAACAAAACAGCAGAAACAUAAAAAACAUCAAAAGGGAAAGUAAAGCCAGCCCGGCCAGUGGCUCGAGGGGUGUCCUCGUGCCCUCUUCCUCCUCUUCCUGCUCAUCCUCAUCCUCACCCUCUUCCCCCUCUAAUGCCGCUUUGAUCGCUCACACGUGCUGCGGUAAAACGCGGAGCUCGAGACAAACGCCACAGAAAGGCUGAGAGAAGAAGAAGAGGAAGAAGAAGAGGGAGAUUAAAAAAGACAACAGGAGGGAUGAAGAAGUUCCGAAAGGUACUGGACGGCUUGACCACAUCGUCGCCUGCCAGCGCAGGUGGAUCGCCGUCAUGCGGGAGCGCGGCCGGAACCCCCACCGCUGCGCCCACCCCGCGCGAGCUGGAUGUGCACGAGACGCUGAUGUCCGAACACUUCCACAUCUGCAAGACUGUGCGUCAUGGCUUCCCUUACCAGCCCACUUGUCUGACGUUUGAUCCCGUGCAGAAGAUCCUGGCCAUCGGCACUCGCUCCGGAGGAGUGCGAAUUCUGGGCGGGCCGGGAGUGGACUGCUACAGUCAGCAUGAGAGUGGAGCGGCGGUCCUGCAGCUUCAGUUCCUCAUCAAUGAGGGGGCGCUGGUCACAGCCUGUGCAGAUGAUACUCUGCACCUCUGGAAUCUUCGGCAGAGACGUCCAGCAAUACUGCACUCACUCAAAUUCAACAGAGAGAGGAUCACAUUCUGCCAUCUUCCGUUCCAGAGUAAAUGGCUUUAUGUGGGAACAGAACGAGGAAACACGCACAUCGUCAACGUUGAGUCCUUCAUCUUGUCUGGAUACGUCAUUAUGUGGAACAAGGCCAUAGAAUUAUCAACAAAGACACAUCCGGGGCCUGUGGUCCAUCUGAGUGACAGUCCGAAAGAUGAAGGGAAGCUGCUGAUUGGUUUUGAAAGUGGCACGAUCGUGAUGUGGGACCUGAGAGCCAAAAGAACUGACUUCAGAAUCUACUACGAUGAGGCGAUUCACUCUGUGAGUUGGCAUCAUGAAGGUCGGCAGUUCAUGUGCAGUCACUCUGAUGGGAGUUUAAGUAUGUGGAACCUGAGGAACACAGCCAAGCCCUUCCAGGUCACCUUCCCUCACGGUAAAUCUCAAAGAGACGGUAGAAAAGAAUCAUGUAAACCCAUUUUAAAGGUGGAGUACAAGACCUGCAGAAACAGUGAGCCCUUUGUGAUCUUCUCUGGUGGUCUGUCGUACGAUAAAGCGGGACGUAGACCCACUCUCACCAUCAUGCACGGCAAAGCCAUCACAGUGCUGGAGAUGGACCACCCUAUAGUGGAGUUCAUUGUGCUGUGUGAAACACCAUAUCUCAAUGAAGUGCAAGAGCCGUAUGCAGUGGUGGUGUUGCUGGAGAAGGACUUUAUUGUGGUGGAUCUCACACAGAGCAAUUUUCCCAUCUUUGAGAAUGCCUACCCAAUGGACAUUCACGAAUCACCGGUCACCUGCACAGCUUACUUCGCCAACUGCCCUCCAGACAUCAUCCCUGUGCUGUACUCCAUCGGGGCGAAGCACAAAAAGACCGGAUACAGCCACAAGGAGUGGCCUGUGAGUGGAGGCACGUGGACAGUCGGCUCUCAGACAUAUCCUGAGAUCAUCAUAACAGGACAUGCAGACGGAUCGAUAAAGUUUUGGGACGCCACAGCCAUCACGCUGCAGAUGCUCUACAAGCUGAAGACGUCAAAGGUGUUUGAGAAGCCGAAGGGUGCGGAGACGGGCCGCAGCGCCGAGCUGGUGGAGGAAGACCCCUAUGCUGUUCAGAUGGUCAGCUGGUGCCCCCAGAGCCGCAUCUUCUGCGUGGUGGGAAUCAGUGCCCACGUCAUCCUCUACCGCUUCAGCAAGCAUGACGCCAACACCACCAUCACGUCUCUUGAGGUGCGUCUGCAGUGUGAGAUGGAGGAGGUGAUCUCUCCGUCAGACACAGAGAACACAGUGUGUUUGACGGACCCAGGGGGUCAUUCGCCCCAGCCUCAGCCCCCCAGCCCCCGCAGCAACAUGCCGGACAGUGCGAGGGACAGUAUCCCCUGCCUCAGGGUUAAAGACCGUAUGAUACGGAUGCCUCCCGGUUACCAGGCGGAGCUUGUGGUGCAGUUGCUAUGGGUGGAUGGAGAGCCGCCUCAACAAAUCACCAGCUUGGACUUGAACUCCGCCUACGGACUGUUGGCUCUGGGUAACUGUAAUGGUCUGGCCGUGGUGGACUACCUCCAGAAGACGGUGAUCUUGUGUAUGAGCACCGUUGAGCUCUACGGCGCAGCCGACCCUUUUCAGCGCCUCACGCGGUCCCCACGCAAGAACCGCCAGUCCACAUCAGACUUUUGCAUGCGUGGCCUGUCUAACUUUUAUUCCGAUUCAAAGAAAAGGAUCCGUACCUCCUACCAGAGCCUUACCGAGCUUUCAGACAACCAGGUGUCUCUGGACCUGGAGAGGAGCAAGUCACCCACCUCAGUGCCCUAUCCUUCCUCCAUCCACAAUGACCCUCGGGCCACGGCGGAGCCCGUGUCCAACCUGCGUGCCAGCCAUUACAGUCCAGUCUUUUACCUGCUGGACAAUGUAAAGGGACCAGGCAGAAAGUUAAGUCUACCCACUGAUCUUAAGACUGAUCUUGAUCAUGUGAAUGGACAUUGCACUAGCCCGACCUCCCAGCCCUGCGUGCCCGGGAGGCCCCGUGUGCCUGGGGGCCCUGAGGGGCCACGCCUCAGCCGCCGGGGGCCCGGCCGACCGCCCUUCCGCAAGGCCCAGUCCGCCGCAUGCAUGGAGGUCUCUUUGCCUGUGUCCUCCCUCACCGAAGGUUACGCGUCUAGACGGGCCAUGCUGCAGCAGCUGCAUGGUGUCACUAUGUACUCACACGAUGAGCACCACACCACCACCUACUCCUGGACCGAGAGAGAGAGCCGGGAGAACUCGUUCAGCCGUUCGCGGAGUUCCAGCGUCUCCAGUAUAGAUCGGGACACCAAAGAGGCGGUGACCACGCUGCUGUUUGCCGAGUCAUAUGGCCGCAAGUCGGACGCGCUGCCCACACCAUGCUUGUGGGUGGGCACCAGCUUGGGCUUGAUGCUGCUUGUGCCCAUGUCCAUCCCCACUGAUGAGCAGGAGAGGAUGGAGGAGCCUAUCACUGUGGCGCCCACCAGCACGGUCCUGAUGCUGAAAGGCUCAGUUCUGCGGUUCAGUUUCUUGGACUGUGCAGGCUGUCUGAUCCAGAGUCCGUACGAGGUGUGGCGAGACGGUAAUGCCCCCGAGGAUCCCGAAAGGCCCCGAAGGCGCAAGCUGGUCAACUUCUCGCCCUGUUCCUCACAGGACGCCAUUGGGGACGGCCACCUGGCCGUGGUUUGCUCUGAGCGGCAGGCCAAGGUGUUCCUCAUGCCCUCGCAGGCCUGCCUGUAUGUGCACAACAUCACCGAGUCGUCCUUCGUGCUGCGGGCAGACGUGGUGGCCGUCUCCAACAGCGUGUGUCUGGCCUGCUUCUGUGCCAACGGACACGUCAUGAUCCUCAGUCUGCCCAGUUUACGGCCCCUGCUGGACGUGCACUACCUGCCGCUGACGGACAUGCGCAUUGCCAGAACGUUCUGCUUCACUAACGGAGGGCAGGCCCUCUACCUGAGCUCACCCACGGAGAUACAGCGCAUCACCUACAGCCAGGAGAUGUGUGAUAAUCUGCAGGAGAUGCUGGGAGAGCUUUUCACACCCACCGAGACCCCUGAGGCACAGAACCGAGGCUUCCUGAAGGGCUUCUUUGGAGGGAACGCCCAGACCUUUGAUCGUGAAGAGCUCUUUGGUGAAGCAGCAGCGGGCAAGGCCUCUCGGAGCCUGGCCCAGCACAUCCCAGGCCAGGCCAGUGUGGAGGGAAUGCGGGUGGCUGCUGGCGGUGCUGUGGGUGAACUGGCUCGAGCCCGGAUUGCCCUGGAUGAAAGAGGCCAGAGACUGGGCGAGCUGGAGGAAAGGACGGCCCUCAUGAUGGCCAGCGCAGAGACCUUCUCUAAACAUGCUCACGAGCUGAUGUUGAAAUGCAAGGACAAGAAGUGGUAUCAGUUUUAGAGGUCUCUGGAUGAAGGCUAAUUCUGCCCUCGUACCACAAGGGGGCGCUACUCUGGGACAUGGACCUUCACUCUUUGAUGAAGAGAAGGAGAAAGAGAGGUUAAUGGAGGGACUGAAGGCUGCUCCACCUCUGUCUGGGACACGUGUACAGGACUACGUCUCAAUCAGACCGGCUCCACGGACAGAGGACAGAAAACGAUGGAGACGCGUACCGUUAGCGUUGACAAGCGGGUUGCGAGUUGUUGGGGAAGGGGGAGGGGUUGGAGGGCUCCUUCCCCUUUUCCUAAGCUGUGGAUUAGACCAUCUUUGUUCAUGUACAGAGGUUGGGGGUCUUCUCACAUGAAGUGAACCGGCUCUUGCUGUGUAGAUACUCUGAGCGUUACGAAACCAACAAGACUGCAUGAAACAAAAAUGGAUGACCUAUAAAAACAUAAAACUGCCAUAUUCAAAAAGCAGCAUGUUACUUUAAAACAAAAAGGGAAAAUAGAAUAACAAUUUUAUUUAAUAUUAUAAGCCAAUAUCAGAAACUUAUGACGAAAAACUUUAUAUUUUUUGAAAUAGCGAUAAAAUAUAAAUAAAAAAGACAAGCUGUAUACCUGCAUUGCUAUAAGGCCAAAAUAUCCUUUUUUAUUUAUUUAUUGAGUUAUUUAAUUAAUUAUGCCAUACUAUUUUGUUUUAAUAACGUAUUAUUUAAAAACGCACCACUCUGUCUUCACACCAGUACUUGUACACCCUUGUAUUCUGAUCGCAGACCAUGAAAGUGUUGCGAAACGCUGCGGUUAGCGAUAAAACAUAUAAAAUCACGUGCUACUCCACGCAAAAAAGUAACCCAGUGUUUACAAAAGAGAAAAAAGCUGCUGACACGGAAACACUUCCCUUAAAUAACAGCUUUACCACUGAACCGAUCGAUCAAGUUACUUCACCCGCUUCUAGAAACAUACGAAGUGAAUAAAAAAAAAAAUCAACAAACACGUGGUUUUAGAUGUAUAAGCGAGACGUGAUCUGUAUCCGGCAAUACGUGCCAUGAGUGUACGUCUAUGUGGUCUUACUUGGGUUGUGUUUCUAUUCAUGAAGCCAGUGUUAUAAUAAUACAUGUGCCAUAUUCUAGAUGGGUGAAGUAUCUUUCCUGUAAACUAGCGAUGAACUUCUUAUGCUGUCUGUGGUUGAUAUUUUCGAGCUGUUACCUGUAGAUGAAAACUAGCCUAACUCGUUGGGUUAGGGUUAGCCUGGUCAUUCGUGUCUGUUACAAUUAAAAGAACUUUUUAAUUUUUUUUCUUUUUACCAAUAACUCUCACAGCUGGCUAUGUUGUUUCGUUUUCUGGACUUUUCUGCUGCCUUGGGCCAUGUGUGGUGCGUCGCGGUGUACCUCACUAGAGACGACCUACGGAGAAACCUCUGCCAAAACCGCGAAGCUUGAACGAGUCUGUGAGUAGCAGGUAGAAUGCGUUCGAAGUUUACAUCACAUCAGAUGAUUGUUCACUUGUGUCUUCUGGUCGUUCUUUGAAUACGUGUGUGGAGAGGCGGAGCCUGGGCAAGCGACAUGAAUAUGCAUGUCCUUCCAGUGUUGUCGUUGAACGUAAACGUACGUGUACGGAGUGUUUGGACUAAACAGAUAGCCUUGCGCUUAGCAUUAACUACAUGUGAGCGAAAAAAAAUAUGUUUCUGAAUUGUAUUUUUUCAGUGUGAAAUCAACUUUGUUUUAGUUUUAUUUUUCCUUUGACCUGUUGUGCUUGUGCUGUAAGACUACAAUUCCCUUCAUUUCCUCCACGGCUUACUGACUUCAUUUCUUCUGCACUUUCUUUUGUAUAUACACACACACACACUCUCACACACACACAGAAAAGGGCCUACACAUAAAAUGCUGUUAAAAAUAAGUCUGAAUGGGAAUGCCCAUGAUAGCUAGCAGUUAGGCUGACUUUACAAGGCAAAAUUUCUCAUCUUGCUAGAUAAAUCUCCAUUCGUUUGUUAAGUUCAGUAGCUACUAUACUUGUCUUGUUGUCUUGAUGUUACACAUUUCUCAAUACAGCCAACAUUAAUUUUACAACAAAAACAACAUUUUGAAAUUAAAAGGCUGUGCUACAGUACAACACAGCAUCCAGACAUAAGCUCAAACCAAAGCUAACAUGCUAGUCAUUAUUCACAAAAUGUGAUCUCUGUAAUUCGAUUCAAGCAAGAGACAAAAAGAGAGGGGAAAUGAAUUAUUUAACUACACAGAGAUUAUUAAAAAAGUAUGGUAACACUGAAGAACAAACUGUUGUGCUGCAAACAGACCAAAAGAAAUUAGCUGUUAGCAUUAGCUGAUUGGCUAGGUUGUCAGGCUAGCUGGUUAGAGAAACAUUAGCCUGGUUGGUUUUGGUUGCUCAGUAGUCUGAGUAGUCUCCUUCUCAAAUGUCUAAUAAACAGUACUACAAUUUGUUACAAGAAGCAAGUAAGACACAAGACUAUAUUAAAAUUUAGAAUCAUGAUUUUUUUAAAACAACUAAAGAAAGUUCUGCCGUGUAAAGCCAGCCCGAAGCUGAUUUGUCCCUUUUUAUCAGUUUGCUUUGUUUUCAUGUCGUAAUGGAAAACAGCUCUAAAUGUCACAGAACUGAUACGUGUUACAAUAUAAACAGCCAUGAGAUUCAAACAAACUUGGAACCAAGACCAGGCUGUUUAUUGUUUCGAGGCCAAGAGAAUGUUCAAGCGUCUGUUAUACAAUCCCGUCCGUCUUUUUUUCUUCACAUCCGUCAUCACGUUUGUUUCAGCAGCAGAAAAAAAUUACAGGGUGUUUUGUUUCUAUGUUCUGAGAUUUUAUACUAAAAUGUACAGUUGAACCUGUGGAGACUGGAGGGAGAAAUGUCAUAGCCUAUAAAUGAAACUUCUGACUAAUGUGAUUUGGAUAUUCCUCUGUAAAUGUCGUACCUGUUGAAAGAUGGUACCCUGUCUAACAUCCUGACUAGAGUUCUGUAGUCCCCCCCCCCCCUCAAACUCCUCCCAAACUCUGAGCCGCUGCACUCUUCAGAGAAGGCAGCAACGUCGGUCUUGUUUAAAUGGAUACUACCACCUUUUGUUCUUAUCGAUAUUACAGUAGUGUUAUAGAGAUUACUGGAAAUAAAAAAUCAUUAAACAUAUGUUGAUGCUAAUCAAAUUGAAAUAAACAUUGAUUGAUGUACACACGA